UUAUAUAUAACAUACCAUAUAAUACAUUCAAUAAUAAGAUGAUUAAAAAAGCACGUCUAAUUUUAACUCCUUUUGGGUAAGUUGACCUAGCGCAGGUAUCCGGAAGAUGCGACAACGCGCGUAACAUGUCAAAAGUUGAAGAGCUUGAGGACGAUGUCGAAUCGGCACGUAAAUGUUUUCCAGCAGUAGCUAUGUAUGGUCCAUGCACAGUCUCUGGUUUGAAGAAAGGUGAUGUCAAACUUUGGUGUGCUUGUGGACUAAGUAAGAAGCAGCCCUGGUGUGAUGGCUCACACAGAGGGACUGGUAUUAAACCCCUGAGGUGGACAGUCAACAAAGAACAGAGACUAUAUCAGAUCUGUGCCUGUAAAUACUCCAAAGACCCGCCCUUCUGCGACGCCACUCACACAAAUCUACCAUGCCAAGUCCUAGAGCAACAGGAAGUGUGCCCACGUCAGGACAAUCACCAUAGCAACAAUAAACUCUGCACAGGAUGUGGCUGGGUGCCAGAUUUCUGAUUCAGACAUACACAUCUAACCUCAGUACUGAAAUGUGAUAUUUUGUGGUGAGCUUCUCGUAUUGGAAACUAUGAACUCUUGAGUUUUAGCAUUUGUGUUUUACUGGAUGAAUAAUAAAUCAUCAUAAUGGCCGACUUCCUUUUAAACCAUAAAUGGAAAAAUAAAUAUUAGAAUCUUA